AUGGAUUCAGGAGCUCUUGUUAAACAGCUGCAGGCAGCACUGUUCCCUAUCUAUUCAAAGGGAAGUUACCUCAGCAGCUUUCUACAGAACACUCUGAAAUCAAAUCAAGUGGAGAUCAACACUGAUAAUAGGACUCUGCGACCAGUUGCGAAGUUGAAGGAACCACGUGAUCUGUUUGCCUUGCCUAAAGAAUUAGACUGUCCACAGCAAGCUGCUCGCUGGCCAACUGAAUGUCAGGUAUUAGAGGAAAGAGUACAGCAUAUUGAAUACGUACCUGCAAUGCCGGAACAAUAUUAUCAGCCUACAGGAAGGGAAGUACAACCAAAACCUAUUGGAGAAGAGUCUGGCACAGUUGUCUUUCAAUACUACCCCAUGAGUGCUGUCAAUUAUUUUAGCCGCUCUAGUGUUGGAGGCAGCAAAUACUUUAUGGAUGCAAGUCCUGUUGAGAAUCCAGAUGAACUACGAUUUGAGUCUCGUUUCGAAUCAGGUAAUUUAGCAAAAGUGGUGAAGAUUACAGACACUUACUAUGAGCUCUAUCUUCGUACUGACCUGUAUACCAAUAGACACAUGCAAUGGUUCUACUUCAGAAUAGAGAAUACACGAUCCUGCAUAAUGUACAGGUUCUCAAUAGUAAAUCUUUCAAAAGCAGAUAGUCUUUAUAGUGCAGGCAUGAAACCUCUCAUGUAUUCUACAAAAGAUGCUCAAUUAAACGGCACUGGUUGGAGACGAUUUGGUGACAACAUCACUUAUUUCAGGAAUGAUCCAGUAAAUGGGGAAGAAGAUCAGGCUCCUACAUACACACUUACAUUCACAACAGAAUUUCCUUAUGACAAUGACCUAGUUUAUAUGGCACACUGCUACCCAUAUACAUACUCCGAUCUGCAGGACUAUUUAAUCAGACUCCAGAAUCAUCCAAUAAAGUCAACAUACAGCAAACUUAGGUUAUUGUGCCGAUCCCUGGCUGGAAAUAAUGUUUAUUACUUAACCAUUACAGCACCAUCUUAUGGGGAAGACUCAAAGAAGAAGAAAGCAAUUGUAGUAACUGCACGUGUUCAUCCUGGUGAGACUCCUUCAUCGUGGAUGAUGAAAGGAUUCAUGGACUUUUUGACAGGCGAUAGUGGACAAGCAAAGGAGCUUAGGGAAAAAUUUAUUUUUAAACUGGUGCCGAUGUUGAAUCCUGAUGGAGUGAUUGUUGGGAACAAUAGGUGUUCACUUACUGGGCGUGACUUAAAUCGUCAAUACAGGACUGUGAUUAGAGAAACAUACCCACCAGUAUGGCACACAAAAUUAAUGAUAAGACGGUGAUAUCAGUUACUGAUUGAGGAAUGUGGAAUUGAAAUGUACUGUGAUCUUCAUGCACACUCACGAAAGCACAAUGUAUUUAUGUAUGGAUGUGAAAGCAGACGCAUUGGGGACAGAAGGCUGCAAGAACAAGUGUUCCCUCUGAUGUUGCAUAAGAAUGCUGCUGAUAAGUUCUCAUUUGAGAACUGUAAGUUUCGUAUUCAAAGGUCAAAGGAAGGAACAGGUCGUGUAGUUGUGUGGAUGAUGGGAGUUACUAAUAGCUAUACAAUGGAGGCAUCAUUUGGUGGUUCAACUCUUGGAAGCCGUACUGAUACUCACUUCCACAGUCAAGAUUAUGAACAGAUGGGUCGUUACUUUUGUGAGACAUUGUUGGAUUUUUGUGACCAGGAACCAAGCAAGAUUGUUAAUGCUGUGAAAAAGGAACGUCUCAGGGUUAAAAUUGUAACACGCCUUAUGAAGGAAGGUUCCAGUGCCGAUGAGCCAACUAACAUCACACUCUCAGAUUACUCAAGUGAUGAGGGUGAUACAAGCAGUUGUUCUGAGGAUGAAAUGAUGCAUUACAAACAAGAACUCACAGAUGAGUGCUAUCAGUCAUUGUCAGUACCACCUCCAUCUCCUGUCCUUCCUCACCGAGAGCAUCACAAAACAGCAAACAAAGAAAGAUCAGUUCCUGAGAAAACAACUCCUUCACCUCAAAGAAAAGUACUUCAGGUUCAUAAGACUGUUAUUGAUCUAUCAGCAGGUGAUACUGGAAGCGACUACUGUGAGCCUCCAACUGACAUGGAUUCUGGUGAGGAAAGCUCACCAUGUCACCGAUCUAGCAACAAAAACAAAAGUUCUUCAGAUAUUAAGUUUGUCAAAUAUGGGGAAAGACUUGAUAUGCCUCCAGAACUAAUUGUAACUCCUGCACAGUUUCAGAUAAGUGAGACACCUAUGGCCAUGGACAUCACAGAGAGAUUAACUGUAACUGAAGAACAGCAAUUUGUGGAAAAAAGAAUCCAUACCUACAACUGGUACCAUGCACGUUGCCCACCACUUUCUAGGGCAACUGCUGCUCCAGGCUAUUGGCAAAAUACAGUAGGUGACCUUGCCAGUGAGGUGCAAGUGAAACUUGGUACAACACUGCGCCAGAAGCUCUGGACAGCUCUACCAUGCAGUUGUCAUGGGACUCUCGAUACUCAUUGGAGUGGUCAUCUCUCAGCUCAUGACAUGCUGCUUCGUUCCUGUUCAAAGAAGUUGGUUGCAUUACAAAGAACUGGUGGAAUAUCAUUUGAUACAUCUAGGAAUGUCACUUCUGCUUCCCAUCAACAACAUAAUGUGCAGUCAACAGAUGCAGACAGCAGGGGUCACACAAGUCUCAAGUGGAAAAGAUACCGUAAACUUACAGAAAUUCCAACUUCAGAUAUCACUAUACAGCUCACACAACAAGCUUUGCAAUCUGGCUCUGAUACAGAACCUGGACCUUCACACCAAGCUGAUACUGCCAAAAAGAAAAAAAAGAAACGUAAAACUACACAUUCCAGGAAAGGGAGACGUCUACAGUCAGCCAGUGGUCAUUGCUCACCAAAGAAAAUCACAAAAUCUUGA